GCCCAGUGAUGUAUUAGCGCAUAAACAGCCAAUGUGUAGAUGCUUCACUGGGUGGAUUUUUGGUCGCAUGCCCGAAGCGAGGCUGAUGAUCUCUGCCAGGGUCAGGAAGGGAUUUUCCUCCUCUGGCCAACUGGCCAAGGCUGGGUGGUUUCCUGCUUCUCCUCUCUCUGGAAGGCUGAGCAGAGGUGCCAUGGACACCACACCUGUGACUGCUGCCUCUGACUCGGGUGAGGGCAGGAAGCCCGCAAGCCUGUCUCUCUGACUGUGUGGACCCUCCCCGUGCACCUUGAACCACCAAAGGGAAUCAGAUACAGACGGUGCUGUGUACAGCCCUGGAGAGAUUACAGAGCAAGCGAGUGGGCUGGUGCAAAAAGAAGAAAAAAAAGGAGUCUUUAAAGGAGGGUGAUGUUGGACUCAGUGACACACAGCACCUUCCUGCCCAACACGUCCUUCUGCGACCCCCUGAUGUCGUGGACUGACCUGUUCAGCAAUGAAGAGUAUCACCCUGCCUUUGAGCAUCAGACAGCCUGUGACUCCUACUGGACGUCUGUCCACCCUGAGUACUGGACGAAGCGCCACGUCUGGGAAUGGCUCCAGUUCUGCUGCAACCAGUAUAAGCUGGAUGCCAACUGCAUCUCCUUCUGCCACUUCAACAUCAGCGGCCUGCAGCUGUGCAGUAUGACACAGGAGGCGUUCAUCGAGGCAGCUGGUGUCUGCGGGGAGUACCUGUACUUCAUCCUCCAGAACAUGCGCUCGCAAGGUUACUCCAUUUUUAAUGAACCUGAAGAGACCAAGGCCACCAUCAAAGACUAUGCUGUUUCCAGUUGCUUGAAAACAAGUGGCAUCAAAAGUCAAGACUGUCACAGUCAUAGUCGAACAAGCCUCCAGAGCUCUCACCUAUGGGAAUUUGUGCGAGACCUGCUUCUAUCUCCUGAGGAAAACUGUGGCAUUCUGGAAUGGGAAGAUAGGGAUCAAGGUAUUUUUCGGGUGGUUAAAUCAGAAGCCCUGGCAAAGAUGUGGGGACAAAGGAAGAGAAAUGACAGAAUGACGUAUGAAAAGUUGAGCAGAGCUCUGAGGUACUACUAUAAAACAGGAAUUCUGGAACGGGUCGACCGAAGAUUAGUAUACAAAUUUGGAAAAAACGCACACGGGUGGAAGGAAGACAAGCUAUGAUCUGCUCCAUCAUCAAACUCAUUUUAUGGAUUUCUGUCUUUUAAAACAAUAGAUUGCAAUAGA